UUUCUAUUAAACAAACAAGGACAACAGUCCAUGUAAUUUGGUUAGAUCAGCGUAAGAGGUUGUUUGCAUUCUGUAAACUGCAAAAAUCUAUUGUUGCUCGUAUAACAAAUAAGAUCAAAAGAGUUUAAAAACAAUUCAAGCCAUAGCACUAGAGACGUAGCGUAGACAGAAUGAGAAACAUUGUACUUAUUUUGACGAUCGUAGUGACGGUAUUUGAGAGAUUGUCCUCAGCUUUCAUCUUGGAUGAUAAUUGUCCCGUGCAAUUACCUUGCAAAUGCACGGAAUCUGCAACGUAUUAUACCGGAUACACUGUUCUGUGUAGCCAUAACAACUUUACAGUCAUUCCUAAUAUAAAACAAGUUAAAUUGAAUGUUACCAAGUUAAACUUGGUCUUUGGCGUAAACAAAUUAACUGUUAUACCUAAUGGUGCAUUUGGAAUUAUCAGCUCGAUCAAUACUUCAGAAAUAGUAUUAGACCUGUCUUAUAAUAAUAUAGUAUCAAUAGAAAACAAUGCGUUUGAUGGAAUUGAAAACCUUACGACAUUUCUUGGACUAAGAGACAAUAAUUUAUCUACUAUACCUUUGGCAAUCAGUAAUCUUAACUAUCUCCAACGACUUGAUAUUCAGGAUAAUCCACUUCAUUCUCUUCCUUCCUCAGUUAUGUUAAACCUAGGCUCAACUUUGACUGCCUUUAAAUUAGAUUUAGAUCACUUCUCUGAAUGGCCUCGUGAACUUCGUUACCUUCGAAAAUUGGAAAAUCUGACUGUUAAUCACAUACCGUUUUCGCAUUUAGAUUUGUAUGCUUUCCAUGGAGUUGAGAGUACACUUCAACUUCUUCAGCUUGAUUAUUCUAAACUUGAAAAAGUGCCAUAUGCAAUUUGUCAACUUAGUCAUCUUACAUCACUGUAUAUGCGAUAUAAUGGUAACCUUCAGGAAAACAAAUCUUCAAUUUUCAUACCAUGUGGUAAUGAAAUGGUUACUGUCACAACAUUGGACUUAAGUAGAAAUGGCUUAUAUAAGUUUCCAGACAUAUUUUCUCUAUUUCCAGCACUUACAUCAUUAACCUUGUCUUUUAAUAACCUCCAAUACAUUGAUUAUACUAAAAUUAAAAUAGAUUCAAAACUUACACAUUUAUAUUUAGGAGAAAAUCUUUUUGACAGAAUACCGUAUGCAUUGAACAAAUUAAAGUUUUUGAAAACAUUAAGACUUAGCUAUAAUAACAUAAAGACAAUUGAUUCACCAGAUUUAGCCGGAUUGCAUUCCCUAACAGAAUUGUAUCUUGAUAUCAAUCCUGUUAUGUUUAUAGCUCCAGAUGCAUUUAACCAUAAUGUGAACUUGACUCGUCUUAAUUUGUAUGACACAUAUCUUGAUCAUAUUCCUGUCGCAGUGACAAAUUUGACAAAACUUUCCUCUAUAGAUUUUAGAAGAAUGCCAGUUGACUGCACUUGUGAUAUGACAUAUUUGAAACAAUGGAAUGUUUCGGCAAUAGCAGAGGUUUUAGGAAUUUGUGCAUUUUCCUCUGAAACUAUCAAACACUUUGUAAUGAAUACCUUACAGUCUUGUCCAUAGACAUUCAAAUAUUAUGUUUUGAACUAUUAUGCCAAUUAAGUUUACUUAAUAAUUUGCAUAUCCAUUUUUUGUAAAAGAAAAAAAAAAGUAGAAAUUACUUCCUAACUAAGUUUUCAUGAUUUUGCUAGUAUAAUAAUCAUUUGUAUAGUUAUCUAACACUAUGAAAUUUAAUUCUCAGGUUUGAAAUUGCUAGACUCAUUCAUUCUAUGAUAAUUGUUGUUGCUUAAUUAUUACGUACCAUAUUCUUAUUAUUUACCACUUUAGAAACAAUGAAUUAAUAACUAUCUGCUCAACCUCCAACGUUUUGAAAGGUUUAACCCCUCUUUAUCAAGGAGUUUGCUGUUUAUUUUUUAAAUCGCAUAUAUUAAUUUUUUGUCUACACUAAGUUAUCUAAAUAAACAAUACCGGGAAUCUGUAUUAUUCUGAACAUAAUUAAUAACAGUUUAACACCACUGAAUUUUCAUGCCUGUCUGUUUUGCAGUCAAGAUUUUGUAUGUCGGUAUGUUCUAUUAUUUAUUGGUCGGAAAGAUUAAUUUCAUUUCACAUUCAAUAUAUUCUUUUUAUGAUUUCAGAUUUUUUAUUGCAUGAUUCUUACAUGUUGAUUUAGUUAAAAAAAUGCAAUGUACAUGUAUUUUGCUACUAGAAAUACUUAACUUUCGAAUACAUUUUUAAACAUGUAGACUUCAACUUAUUAACUUGAAGUUCAUACUUUAUUCAUUAAAAUUAUACCUUACCGAGUAAGAAAUAAGCAACAGUUUUAAAAAUAUUAUCUUUAAUUCGUAUUUAUUAUGUUAUUGUUUAGUUCAAGACAGGUAAUUUUACAUGUAAGUGCCUUAAAAUACCUUUUGGACUAUGAUUUAAAACCUAUCAUGAAGUGCUAGCAUGAAAGCAUUAUUUAAAACAGAGAACCUUUUGUUAUCCAACCUGUAACAAUUAAUUAAACAUGUAUAUAACUAUUCAUAAUGUAAAAAUAUCUACGUUUUGCAAAAAUAAGGUCAUUGUGAGAUUAUACGUACUUUUAUAUUGAGAGCACAUUUUAUAAAUAUAGGAUCUUUGUCAAUAAAUAUUUUACAUUCGGCAAAGAUAAUUAUUAUCGUGCAGUUUGAAGCAUUCGGUUUAUUUUCUGAAAUAGAAGAUAAGUGACCUUUGGGACUUCGACUACAACUGUUAACUAUUUUGUAAUGAAAUGGAAACUGAAAAACUGUCUGGAAAAGGUGUAGGUGUUUAGGGCACUUUGGUUUAAUCUCUUUAACAACUUAAAAGUUAUAAAAUGGCUCCGGGUUUAUUCCUUGGAUAUGUUUUGUAGUGUUUUUGUAUUUGAAACUAAGUUAUUAAAAUGUUACAAAAAUAUUACUCGUUAUGUUAGUUAAACGAAUAGUGUAUUUUAACAUGAAUCCCGUUUUGUUUACACUUGAUAACUGUUAUUGUUGCUAUUAUUAAA